UAUGACAUUGACAAGUAACAAAUAGGCUUGCUUGUUAUACCGUGUUUUAAAAGAUCAAAACAAACAAUUUCUCAUAUGAUUUUUCUUUUGGACAAUAUUUUGUUUGUUGCUUUUCCGAAAUUUCAAACUAAUAAACGAAAUCGAAUGAAGAAGAAUGUAAUAGCAUUAUUGAUUUAAACAUUCUAUCUAAAACAUUAUCAUAAAAAACAACAAUGCGUCAUGCUUGGAAAAAGAAAAUAGUUUUCUGCGGGUUUCUUAUUUUAUUCAUACUUAUAAUCUUUCAUCCUGAUAUGAAUGUCCGUGGAAAUUACGAAUAUAUAGAAAAGGAAUUGGUUAUCAAAAGAUUACACGAGGAAACUGCGGCAAACUUCACAAGUAGUGCGGUGUUGCACUGCGACUAUCGUGACGUAAUCUUCGAUGACACCACGCUCUCCCUCAGCCUGGCCGAUGAUGAUUUGGUGGAAGACCAUAAGAUUAAAGAAGGAGGGGAAUAUGCUCCGUCCGAUUGUAAACCUAAAUUUAGUACAGCAAUCAUAGUUCCUUAUAGAGAUAUUGCAGAACAAUUACGAGGUUUUCUAGUAUAUAUGCAUAUGUUUCUUCACCGGCAAUGCAUCCACUAUCGCAUCUAUGUGGUGGAACAGAUGGACUCUCGGCCUUUCAACAGAGCCAAACUUUUGAACAUUGGUGCUGUGGCGGCCAUGAAAGCAGGAUUCCCAUGUCUGGUUUUACAUGAUGUUGAUUUGCUACCUUUGCGGCCUUCAAAUUUGUAUGCAUGUACAAAAAGUCCUAGACAUAUGUCAUCAAGUAUUAACAAGUUCAGAUUUGUGAUACCAUACCUUAACCUAUUUGAUGGUGCUAUAGCAAUAGUUUCUAAGCAGUUUAAGGCUGUGAAUGGUAUGAGCAACGAGUUUUAUGGUUGGGGUGGUGAAGAUGAUGAUUUAUAUGCCAGGCUAGAGGCCCAAGGUAUUAAGCCAUGCCGUUUUGAGCCAAGCACAAGUCAAUAUCAUAAAGUGACACUAGAGUCCCAAAUCAGAAGGGACAGAAGCCGAAAAUCAGUUAUAUAUUCAAAAGAAAAAAUGGCGUUGGAUGGCUUAAAUACGCUAAAGUUCACUGAAGUGGCAACUGUUCUUCAUCCACUGUUCACUCAUAUCAUGGUAGACUUGUAGCAUAUCCUGUUUAUAAAAAACCUCGUUUUUGAAUUCAUAUCACAUGUUUUGUCUUGCUUGCCAGUUAAAUUUUUAAAGUACCUGCCAGUUUGCCACCAAUUUGACCUCAAUUACAUAAUAAGUAGGCAAGCUAGCUGAAAUAAUAGCUCUAUACUAGAUUACUUCUCUAGUGACCUUAGUUAUAAUAUACAUAGUUUAACGUGAUUAAAUAAUAGUUUUUAAUUUGAGAGUAAGCUAGGAUUUAUUGUUUAUUAUGCGUGUUCUCGCAUAAAUUUACUUAAGCAAAUAGUACUUGUGAACUGAAAACCUUCUCUCUUUCUACUCGUAUCUGCACUUUUUAACUAAUUUUACCACUAUUUCCACUUGUUAAAGUAUAUUUUCCCAUUUGUUUUUUCUCUAUUUAUCACUGUCACUCGCCUUUUCACUGAAUUUCUACUUUCCAAUGCCUGCUGUCUUGUAGUCAAUUCACUAUUUAAGAGUGUUCCCCUAUUUCCAGAACCUGCCAUUUUUAGUCUUAAGUUGAAAGUAGAUGAUAAUAUUGUUAAAAAAUUACAAGAAAAAGUAUAUUAACGUGUUAAAGCAAUAAAUUAAAUAUGCUACUUACAUAAAUCUUUCUCUGUGAAAGAUAGUAAUAUAAAAUAGAUUUGCUAGAUAAGAUGAUUUAUGGUUGUAAUGAAAGGGAUUAAAUAAAUAUCACAUGGACCAUUUUAUUCAUAUGUAUGUUAUUAUUGUAUAGCUGUUAAUAUCAUAAAUAUUUAUUAAUCAAUAAUUUUUUUCUGGUAUCAGUAGUGGAAAUUGUAACCUUUGUUAUGAAGAUUAUAAAAAUAUCUUUGUUAGAUAAAUCAUACUUUAAAUAUUAAGUUAUUGCGAUAAUUUAAAAUAAAACGAUAAAAUUCAAUUGCUCAUCAUCAAUGAUGUCAGGAAAGUGUUAGUAACUACAUAAUAUAUAUAUAUCUAUUAUUAGCUACAUAUCAAAAAAUGUCAAUAGGUAUAUAAUACGUCGAUAUGCUGUAAAAAGUUUUGUGAAUUAAGGAUUUGCUAACAUUUAAAUAUAUAUGGGCUUCUUCUAAUACUACAUUGCAGUGGAUGGCAACAGGGCUAUAACGGGUAUCAUAGGAUAUCACAUACCUACUGAUUUUCUCUUAAGUUGUAAGUAGGGGAAGCGGGGAUAAUUAAGUACCUAUUACCAGUUUUCAAUUAAAUAACAAUCCAUAAAACAAUUAUAUUGAACCGUCCCAUUGUUAAUUCUUCAAAUGUUGUGAUAAACAUGCAUUACAUAGUAUUAUGUAGUGAAAAGUUAUACGAAUAUUCACGUAGUUCAUAGUAGUUUCAACAGUAGUAAUAUGUAGGCUCUAGUUGUUGGACGCCCAAAGCGCAAUUUUUAAUUAUUUAUAUCUUAAGAUUCUUUUGACAACUUCUUGAAAAAGUAUAACAUAGUAUUUGUCUAAUUUCGCGACCACAAGUGCAAAAAUUUUAAAUUCAGUUUAAAUGUAGCCCAACAAUUUUCUAACAUCUUAGAACCUAACUAAACUAAUGGAAAUUUUAUAUAGUACAAUAAGUUACUAGAUUCCUUAGAAAGAUCUCGUACUUGGUUUUUAGUUUUAAAAGAAACUUUAUUAUUAUACUACCAAGAUACCUUAUUUAGCACAUAGGUUUAACCAAACUCGCGGCGCAGGUGCACAGCGUAGACAUUAGGUUUAGUCUUCAGCCAUAGCAUUGGCGUACUGCGUGCACAGUUUUUUUGUGCCAGUGUUGAUAAUUUCACAGUAGAUAUCUAACAACUGACUGACUAGACUAUGGGGAAACCGAGAUUAGAAAUUUCAUGCAAAAGUUUUAUAAAGGUACCUAAUAAAAUAUGCCUAAUAUAAUGGGUAAAGUUAUCAAAACUCUUUGUGAAAUUAUCCGCACUGAUUAAAAUAAGCCAGAUUCAGUCGUUAUUUGUUAUAAAAAAUAUUCUAUUUCAUGGACCAGAAGGUUUUUUUAAGUUAUUAUUUAGACUACGUAUUUGCUGAUUUUGUUAAAAAUAUAGCAUACAGAUGUACUGUUUGCUCAAAAAUUUAUAGGUAUGCAGGGAAUUGUGUUGUGAUUGUUGUAUUUUAAGAAAAUAUCCACCUAUUCUUUUGUUGAUUGUUGGUCACAAAUUAAAGUUCUUUGCGAAAUA